ACAUCUGACUGCCUCUGGGAACCACAGAUUGACCUCAGCAGCAAUGGCGUUCCAGUCAAAUGUAAUAAAUUCCCAGCCUCAGGUCUCAGUCACGAGCUACACGGUGUCCUCUGGCUCAUCAGACUGGAGUUCAAAUGUGUGCGACUGCUGUGAAGACUGCGGCAUCUGUCUAUGCGCAACAUUUGUCCCCUGUAUCCUGGCCUGUAAGGUGGCUCAGGACAAUGGGGACAGCUGCUGUGUGCCUUUCCUCCCUGGUGCCAUGAUUGCUCUCAGGACAAGCAUCCGCAGCAGAUAUCGCAUCAAUGGCUCUGUGUGUGACGACUGGGUAGUCAUGGCCUGCCUGCCUCUCUGUGGACUGUGUCAGAUGGCACGAGAGCAGAAGAUGAGAGGAUAAAAAGCAAAUGAAAAAUGUAAUGUUAAGUGUAGUUACUGAGGUUA